AUGGGUGCCGACGCCGCAUCAGUGGUGGGAGCCAGCCCCAGCCCUGGCCCGCAGCCGGCGUUGAUCCCUCUGUUUUUGAUCAUUGGAUCAGGAGGCAUUGGCGCAGGCCUGUAUCUCAUGCGCUUGGCAAUGUUCAACCCUGAUGUCUGCUGGGACAAGAAAAAUAAUCCAGAACCUUGGAACAAACUGUCUCCCAGCGACCAGUACAAGUUCUACUCGGUUAAUGUAGACUACAGUAGACUGAAAAAGGACCGUCCUGAUUUCUGAACAACACACUCAUCUCCAUAAGCUGCACAGAAAGGUCUUCCGGAAGCCGUCCGCACAAUUGUCAUGCUUAAUCAUCCAGGAAAUAAUCAAAUUUGCCUCAUGUUUCACUAGGUCAUGUGUUUGGAAGUGUUUUGAUGAGGCUUAAUAAAUGUCUGAAA